AUGCCGAGCCUCGAAAUCCCUGGGGAAUUUCUAAGACAUUCUGUGCUAGAUACAGUUGUCCCGCAUGCUUCAGAUAUAGAUCUGGAGGCGGCGCUGACAUCUGCCUUGGAAGGGGGAGCGGAUGAUUUAUCGUCUGUUCUCUCAUUCAUACCUCAGCGCUCACUCCUGUUCUUUGAUGAGUUCUGCACCGCCCGCAUUGUUCUGAGGCUUUCCAACUGCUCGCAGGCGAGCCUAAAACACCAACUUCAGCGCCUGGAAGUGAAGCUCGACGUCUUCGCCAUCGAUCCAGCUGAAACAGUUGCUGAGAACCCGACACCUACUAGGGACCUAAUAUUCUCAGGGGUUGUAAAGAGGGACGAAGAACCGCUAGUAGUGGUGAAUGAAUUCGAAGGGGAGGCAGAAAGUGGUAACCAUGUCUACGUGAUUUGGAGCAUUGAGACGUUCCUCAAACGCCCUCGCAUACGUAUUCAGCACCCCUCUCUUCUGUUCAUUGCAUCUGUUAGCCUCAACCCGUCUGAAAGCCGACAACAGGAGUCUCGUGACGAUGACUAUCUUCCUUCAUUGAUACCUGCAUCUACAAACAUUCUGCAGCCAUUGUCGUCUGAUAACGCUUUUCCGCAGAAGGAUCCUUUUCUGCCAGCCUCUAGACUUCUGCGGGUUGUACCGGCGCAAUACAGCGAAGAUCCUAUCUAUAACGUCCAGCAACAAUCAGGCCAUCCGAUAAGGGUUGUACCUGCAGCCAGUGCAAGGAUACGAUACUCUCGGCUGAAUUCUUAUUCGGGACGGCCGACAACUGUGGCAAGCCUUGAUUUCGAGGUGACACCUUUCCUCAAUUGUGAAGUUGUCUUCGAUAAAGCAGAGCUACACAUGUCAGAUGGGACAAUCGAAACCCUCUCUGAUGCGUCUGGGCUAGUUCCGCCCAUAUCGUGCCGUCCACGGGAUGACGUUACUUUGAUAUAUAAACUGACACCAGAAUAUGGCCCAGAUCCUAAUCCCUCGACAACGGUGAUGGUCAGCAUCUUAGACAUCCGUUUGGAGGCCAUCAUUAAACUCUCAAACAAUUGCAACCCGCGGAUUCUGAUGCAAUGGAGGACAAAUGUUGAUUUUUCUAUGGCCCUCAACCCUAUGUUUGGUGGACCGAGUCAGGCUUUGCAAAGGACCAACCGGCCGGCUAGUCUUCCUAUGACGCCAAAUCAAUCUAAUACUGCUGCUGGCGGGCCUCCUAGCAGAAGCUCCUUCCGAGAAAGGGCAUACUCUGUAGCGGAUAUGGGAGUGACUGUGUCCUUUUCUGGCCCUGCUAGUGUGGUGGUCGGGAAACCCUUCUCUUGGAAAGUCUUCAUCGUCAAUCGGUCAACAACGCCUCGUAAAUUCGCUUUGAUUGCCAUUCCACGAAGGAAGCGAGCUGAUCCAAGGAGUCACGUAGCCCGACCAUCGUCCUCAUCGCUCACAAGUCGGCGGGAGGAUCAAGUUGCCGAAGCCGUGACAGAUGACAAUAUCGUUCAUGCCAUGCAGAAGAGUGUGGUAGGGCAAGAGGUAGAGCUGGUCUGUCUGAGCACGGAUCUUCGAGUUGGUCCACUUUUACCCGGGACAUGCUUUGCGACCGAACUAAAGCUGCUACCGUUGGCAGUGGGGGCGCUCCAUUUAGAAGCCGUGCGUCUUGUGGAAGUCAACACGAACGAGACUACAGACAUCAAAGAUCUCCCAGAUAUCCUAUCCUUUGAUAGGAAAGGAGUACCACCUCAGGAUACGAAUUAG